CCCAGAACAAUAUAAUUUCUAUUUUCUGAUUGGGAUCGCACCUCAAUCUCAGCUUCUUCUUACAACACAUGUAAAAUACAAACGCGAAUGGUAGGUGUCAAUGGUCAGCAGGUGCCUUCAUUGACUAAACUUUUCCACCGUUAAAUCAGUUUAUUCCAAUAUCUACCAUUCUGUUGUCGAUUCGAGACCCAGCAAAAACGUGGGUAUUAUAUUCCUAAAUUUAACCGAACGGCACGAAUGAUCUGGUUGUUUGGGAGACUACGAAACGUAAUGAUUCUGUUGGAGUUAGCAUUUGAAAUGAAAUGAUUUUUUACAGACGAAAAUUUCAGGUUUCCUGAUGGGGAUCUUCAAAUCAGAGUUGUGGAGUAUCUAGAUUUCUGAUGCCAACUUGCCACCGAAUCAGCAAAAUUAUCAGCGUAUAAUUAUAGAACGGGAAUUUUGUGCAUAACAGAGUAGAGAAGGGGAGGGCAGCUUUAUGGAUGUAAAUUGCGGCCGCAGUAUCUCAGCAUGGUUCAGGAUAUGUUUUCUAAGGGCUUAGUUGGAUCAUUGCUCUUCAUGUAUUUAUUUGGGGCAUUGGCAUUAUCUGAAAAUGGGGUUUCUGUAUUUAACCGCACGGGUAGUAGCAUAAUGUUGGAGUCUCCAGCACCUUCCGAGGUUCCCCCGGGAGAGGGGACGUGGUACGGGAAUAUACAGUAUCUUCUGAACAUCUCAGCUAUUGGAGCAGUGUGCUGUCUGCUUCUAUUUUUAUGUGUGAAAUUAAGAAGCGAUCACAAAUUGCCCGGACUUUCUAGCUUAGCUACCAAAUUGUUGGCUGUGUGGCAUACAACAGGUCAGCAAAUCGCCCGCACUUGUGGUGCGAAUCCAGCACAGUUUCUUUAUGUGGAGGGUGGAAGUUUUGUUGCUCUUGCCGUUAUUUGCUUCUUGGCAAUCUGUGGUAUCCUGCCUCUGAACCUCUAUGGAGGAACAGUGGCCAUGGAGGAUCAGUUCUCUAAAACUACAAUCAGCCAUAUUGAGAAAGGGUCUCCUCUACUGUGGAUGCAUGUAUUAUUUAUGGUUAUUGUAGUUUGUGUGGUUCAUUUCUGUAUCAAAGCUCUAGAAGAGAGGUUGAACAUGACGAGAUUUCAUGAUGGAAAUUUCUCAAUUGAUUCAGUCUCUGUUUACACCCUUAUGAUUCAAGGGAUUCCAAAGACACUGAGCAUUGACAAGAGAGCCAUUCAGGAAUACUUUGAACAUCGCUACCCUGGAAAGGUUUAUAGAGUCGUAGUCCCUCCAGACUUGGCUUCUCUAGAUGAUCUUGCACAAGAACUGGUAAAAGUUAGGGAUGACAUUGCAUGGUUGCAGGCUCGCAUUGAUGGUAGAGAAAUUUCAGAGGAGCGUGACAUUUUUUUAUAUUUCUAUGAGCAAGAUGAAGCAGCCUACAAUGACCUUUCUGUUGAAGAGCGACAUCAUGGUUCAUGUUUUGCCAGAUUGAAGUAUGAAUGGAGGCAGUUUGUUAUAAUAUUAAAAAGGUUUAAGGAGUGGGCUGCUUUCCAUCUGGGUUUUACUGAUGAAGAGAGAUUAAGGAAACUUGAAGCUCACCGUGCAGAACUUGAAAGCAACCUGGCAGUUUUUAAAGAUGGGCGAGCUCAGGGCGCUGGGGUUGCAUUUGUCAUCUUCAAAGACAUCUAUACUGCAAAUAAGGCCCUUCAGGAUGCCAGAACUGAGAAAAAGAGACCACGAAUUGGAAAGUUUGUUUCUAUUAUGGAGUUGCAGCUUGAAAAAAGCCGCUGGAAGGUAGAGAGAGCCCCACCAGCUGCUGACAUAUAUUGGCGUCAUUUGGGUACCAGCAAAAUUUCAAGGAAAAUUCGCAGGGUGAUUGUGAAUGCUAGCCUUCUUGUAUUACUAUUAUUUUUCAGCUCACCUCUUGCAAUAAUAACUGCAUUACAGAGUGCUGGACGAAUUAUUGACGCAGAGGCAAUGGACAAUGCAGCAUCGUGGUUGGCUUGGGUGCAGAGCUCAAGCUGGGCUGCAGCUCUGAUUUUCCAGUUCUUACCAAAUGUGCUAAUUUUUGUAAGCAUGUACAUAGUUAUUCCUGCAGCUCUAUCAUCACUUUCCAAGAUUGAAAGCCAUUUGACUGUCUCAGGAGAGCAUCAGGCUGUAUUUGUAAAAACAUUUUGCUUUUUCCUUGUUAAUUUGAUUUUUCUACGAGUACUGGUGGAGUCAUCCUUGGAGGGUGCUCUUCUCCGGAUGGGUCAAUGUUAUAUGGAUGGCAAUGACUGCAAGAAGAUUGAGGAGUAUAUGAGUGCAUCUUUUUUGACCAGGUCCUGUCUAUCUUCUCUUGCUUUUCUGAUUACAAGCACGUUCUUGGGAAUAUCUUUUGAUUUGUUAGCUCCAAUUCCUUGGAUAAAGAAAAAACUGCGAAAGUUCGGAAAGAAUGGUUUGCUGCAGUCAACACAUGAAGAAACUGAGGUGUAUGCCGCAGAGAGUCAAGAGGACAAUUUGGAAGCAUCUCUGUUAUCACAAAGCUACUUCAGUUUUGAUGAUGAAGAUACUGGCUCAACGCAAAGGGAUGGUGUAAAUGGGCUUGAUCUUCAGGGAGGAGAUCUAUCAGUCUAUCCAAUUAACAAAACAGACCACCAUCCGAUGAUUCAAACUUUUGAUUUUGCGCAGUAUUAUGCAUUUAAUCUUACAAUCUUUGCGCUAACCCUAAUUUAUUCUGCCUUCGCACCGCUUGUUCUACCUGUAGGUGCAUGUUACUUUGGAUAUCGGUAUGUGGUGGACAAAUACAAUUUUCUCUUUGUGUAUCGUGUUCAUGGACUACCAGCAGGCAAUGAUGGAAAGCUCAUGACAACUGUACUGAGAAUAAUGCGACUGUGUGUGAUUCUAUUCCUGCUAUCUAUGCUAUUCUUCUUCUCAGUCAGAGGAGAUUCCGGGAAGCUGCAAUUUCUGUGUACUUUUGUGACGAUUAUAUUUUAUUGUUUUAAAUGUGGCUUUGAUAAAUUAAUCUCCUCAACAAAAACCAGUUUUCCACCACAUAUACUGGAGGGCGUACGGACCAUUGACAGUAUUGUUGAUGGACCUACUGAGUAUGAGGUGUAUGCACAGCCAAAGUAUGAUUGGGAUGUUUCUUCUAUUUGAUUCUUUUGAUUGAGCAUCCGUUUUGAUUGA